AUGGGCAAUGGAACCUCCAAGUUCAAGCAGCUCAAGGAUAAAUUAAUCAAGGACAAAAUCAACAAGGAUGUAUUCAGCAAGGAUGUCUUUAAUAAGGACGUCUUCAGCAAAGAUGUAUUCAACAGGGACAAAUUUCACUUUCCCCGCCGUUCUGAGGAUGGUGGCAGCCGUUCACGAAAGAACUCGAUGAAGGACACGACAUCGCCGGAGCCUCCCAUUCCGGAAUUCCCCCAGCCCGGAAUGACCAGAUUGGACCUAUCGAAAGCUAUGCCUAGCUUGCCAAAGCAACCAAGCGCAGACACUGCGAAGCCAGAGCCACCUCUGCCGUCUUCACUCACAUCCCAGUCAGCCUGGCCAAAUACCCCGAAGACAGAACCCAUUCCAGCACAAGCGAAAUGGCCAAUGCCGCCAACAGGACCGCCAACCCUAACACAGGGGAACUGGCCUGAACCACCGAAAGGAGGGCCGAGCCUGGCACAGGAGAAUUGGCCGGAACCACCAAAGCAUGGGCGGAUCCCGUCACAAUCUGCCAAUGAAAUCGUCGAGGAAAGUCCCGAGAAAAAGGUGAACCAGGCACCCCCGAGAUUAUCACUCGCAAAGUCAGGUUCCGGCUUCUUUGACCUGUCUUCCGAUUGGCUCGAGCAACACAGGGCCGCCCCAACUCAGUUAGAAACCGUCGAGGAACCUGCGAUUGAUGACUUCCAGAGCCCUUCCUACCCGCCCCCCAAGAAUCCUGUCAAAGAACUCGUCGAGGAGCCCGGAAAGACAGCCAUCCAGGAAUCCUCGAGGAAAGUGAUCGAUGAGCCUGCCAAGGAGCCCGUCAAAGGACCCCCCAACGAACUAAAGGAGAGCAACCAAAACAUCAAUAAAGAGGCUUCGCAGGAAUCCCAAGGCAAUGAUCAGCAGAGCCGACCUACUGGAUAUCGGCCACCGACCCCGGAGUAUCAAAAGGAGGAUGUUAAGACUCCAAUCGUUGACAGUUUCGCCUCCCCUCUUUCCCCAGCCUCCUCUCCAGAGCCUCUCCAUAACGAAUCAGCACAAGAUUUGCCCAAGGCUCAGUCGGAAAAUCAACCUACGGUAAUGAAAAAGGAACAGUUGGUGUCAGACGUGAAGGUUGAGACUCAACCCCCACCAAUGAAACCUACCCCUGGUGACCCUAUUCUUAAAGCUCCUCAGCCGGUUUCAGCUCCAGCCCCAAUAACACCAAGAAGACUUUCUCUUGACAUGAGGUCAAGAGCCGGAACCCCUCCUUUGACUGAACCGUUUCCAUCUUACGCGGCCAUGCCAUUCUCUGGCCGCAACUCACCUGGUCUUUCCGGCCGCAACUCGCCUGGUCCAGACGGACCACGUGGUCGCCAGUUUGAGGGCUACUUCAGGCCAGGGUCAAGAAAUGCCUCUGUUCGCCCAGAGUCAAGAAGUGGCUCAGCCCAUCCUGACUCAAGACGACGUCUAGACUCCAUGAGAAGUACGGCACCGGAGCCCGACAGGUUUGUUCGCUCAUCUUCGGGUGAGCUUCUUUACAGAGGACGAGACGGAACGCUCUAUCCGGAGAUGAAGGAGCUUCGGGAACCCGACCCCAAGGCCGCGUAUUUCCCAUUACAGAAUAGCGAGCCUGUCGCCGAGGGUACGGUUUUCCAAGCGGUGCCUCUUAGAAACACCCACUACCGCUGUUAUCAAUCUCACAAAUCCAUGCUGAAGCGCAACAAUAAACUCUACCCUCUGGCCUGCCAAACGUGCCAGAAGUCGGAUACGGAAGAUCGAUGGGCUUGCACAUUCUGCUCCCUGAGAAUAUGCGAUUCCUGCAUGGGCGUCUUGGACUCUAAAAAGAAAGACUUGGCUUCUCUAAUGCACAGCUUGGCGGGCCAAACGCCCUCGGCCAGCUGA